AUGAGGCGGACUGUUGUGGACAGGGCGAUCGUGCACCCCAAGGAGUAUGACUUCUACCUGAAUGCGCACGCCUCCAUCCAGGGCACCAGCCGCCCCGUGCACUACCACGUCCUGCUGGACCAGAACAACCUUGGCCCAGACCAGCUGCAGAGCUUCACCUAUGACAUGUGCUACCUGUUCUGCCGCUGCACGCGCUCUGUGUCAAUCGUGCCACCCUGCUACUACGCCCACCUGGCUGCCUUCCGCGGCCGCAUCCUGCUGAGCGAGAGCCUGUCAGACACGGAGAGCUCUGUCUCUUCCGGCGCCGGCCCCACCAAUGUCGACUUUGCCGAGACACACAAGAAUCUCCUCAACAGGAUGUUCUACGUGUGA